AUGACGACAAAGAUGAACCCGACCCGACACUGCCGACAGGACCCGACUCGACCUGACUCGAUUAGGACCCCCGAAAGCCCAGCCAGAGGCGGCCCGCAAAUUUGGACAUUUUUGGCUCAAAAUGGGUCGAGGCUCACCUCAUUUUUGGACAUUUUCCUCCCUUCGGUCGAACUCUGA